UCUGUAAAAAAACUGAGUUUCUUAUUAAAAGGAGGCUUUGACUUAGUACUCGAUCUGCUAUUCAAUUUGAUCAUUUGUUGCAUACGGUCGUUAGAACUUUUCAGCAGUGAACAUAAUGAUUUCAGCUAAAACCGAGAAGGAAGCUCCGUGCACUAAAGAUCCCAAGGAGAUUGAAGCAAAACCGUCUGAAAACAUGGAAAGUGCUCCUAAGACGAUCGUGGAGGAUAAAAACCACAAAGAUCCCAAGGAGAUUGAAGCGAAACCGUCUGAAAACAUGGAAAGUGCUCCUAAACCGAUCGUGGAGGAUAAAAAGCACAAAGAUCCCAAGGAGAUUGAAAUAAAACCUGCUGAAAACGUGGAAAGUGCUCCUAAGACGAUUGUGGAGGAUAAAAACCACAAAAAUCCCAAGGAGAUUGAAGCAAACCCGGCUGAAAACAUGGAAAGUGCUCCUAAGACGAUCGUGGAGGAUAAAAACCACAAAGAUCCCAAGGAGAUUGAAGUAAAACCUGCUGAAAACAUGGAAUGUGCUCCUAAGGCGAUCGUGGAGGAUAAAAAACACAUGGAGCAAAUGUUGGCCGUUUCGACAAUUCCACUGCGCUUGGACCACCAAAUCCAGAGCAUCAAGACAAUUCAGCAGGAGCUGCUUAAGCUUCACCUGAAGCAGGUGAUGCUCCUCGACGGCUGCACCGAAUUACUGCAUGAACUUAAUGCAGUGCAGCCCACUAAUGAGGACGAGGAGCUAAAAGUGUUGGAAACUUUUCGUGAGGUCAAGUCGAAGCUAUCGGGGGUAUUUGAACAUUACCUUCCCGCCCAGCUGAGCAUACUGAAGCAGGAAUCGAAGAUAUCACAAAUGUCCGCCGAAAUAGUUCCAAAAUAAUUUCAUUACUUUGAUUUAAAAGAAUAAAUAUAAAACACAAAUCGUUACAGGUCAAAGAUUGUUAUCG